GAGAUGACCCUCUAAGAGAGUAAAAUUGAUGGUAAAAAUGGUGUGGUUGUUGGAUAGUGUUGAUGAUUUGGGAAGGUAUUGAAUGUUAGUAAUGGUAAACCCCAUUGUCUAUGAUAACGAGUAUUUUAAAAGUAAGAUUGUGGUUAUUUUUCGAGUGAAAAGCUUGGGAAUAUUAGCUAAAAUAAAAAGUAUACAAAUUAUUAUCAAGGACCUUGUAAUAUAUUUACUUGCCCCCCUUUCAUCUUUUUCACCCUAAUACCCUCAGUAAUAUCCGUGAUCCGCCCGUUUUACAAGUUAUAAUUUGGGAAAUUAGGUUAAAAAUUUUGGGUACAGUUGUGAAUUUCCGAGUGCGUGGUUUGUCAUUAUGAGUAGAGAGAGAUUGGUAAAAUUUUACCGGAUAGGUUAUGGAUGAAGAACUGCAAAUAGUUGACGUGUGGUCUGACAACUUAGAAGAUGCAUUUGACAGGAUCCGUGACCUUCUGGAGCAGUACCCGUACGUGUCAAUUGACACAGAGUUCCCAGGAAUCGUAGUGAGACCAACAUCAUACCUCGAGGAUUACAACUAUCAAACUGUAAAAUGUAACGUAGACCUUCUCAACAUCAUUCAGUUGGGCUUGACGUUUGCCGACUCUGAUGGCUCCUCACCAAACAGUGCCUCGACUUGGCAAUUUAACUUCAAAUUUGACCUCCACCAUGACAUGUACGCCCAGAACUCCAUUGAUUUGCUGAAGAAUUCUGGCAUAGAUUUUGAAAGUCACCAGCGCAGAGGAAUUGAUUUGGUCCACUUUGGCGAGCUGAUCAUGUCAUCGGGACUUGUAAUGAACGAGGAAAUUGUCUGGAUUUCGUUCCACGGCUCUUACGAUUUCGCAUAUCUUCUGAAGCUCCUGACCUGUACCAACCUACCCUCGAACCAGUCGUUGUUUUUCGAGCUCUUACACGACUUCUUCCCCUCACUCUAUGAUAUCAAGUUUCUCCUGGAUGAGAGGAGUAUUGAGCUCUCGGGCAGAUUAUCGCUGCAGAAGCUCGCAGAUCACCUUGAUGUGAAGCGGGUAGGACUCCAACAUCAAGCUGGGAGUGACUCUCUAGUAACCUCACGCACAUUCUUCAAACUCAUGCAAAGAUACUUUGAAAAUAAACUCGACGAUCAAAAGUAUCAGGGCAUUAUCUACGGACUGGGAAAGUCUACUCCGCCAACAGAUAAAGACGCCUACAACAGUACCGGCACGGAGCAAAAAAAACCCAUACAGGAACUCAAUGGAUACAAUAGCAUACUCAACUACAACACACAACUCAACUUCAACUCCAACAAUAUCAUCAACAACAACUCCAACAACAUCAUCAACAACGCUCUCACCGCCAAUAACGCUCUCACCGCCAAUAACGCUCCCCCCAGCGCCAACAACGUUUCUGUCAGUGCCAAUAAUAACGUCACUGGUACUCUAAACGGUGUAACUGCUGCCAGUGUAAACAAUAUAAAUGUCAGUAGUAUUGGGAGUAAUAGCAUCGGAAGUAUGAACGGGAACCACAUGAACAGCACACUCGGCGUUAACUUUCCCAACUCCAACUCUUUCACCAAUACCAACACGUUCAACACUAACACUUUCAACAGUAAUACGUUCAAUAGUAACACGUUUACCAAUAGCAACACGUUCAACAGUAGUAGUACGUUUAGUAAUACGUUUGGUGGUACGUUUGGAAAUGGCACCUUUGGGACUAGCACAUUCGGAAGCAGUACCUUUGGGACUCCCAACACCUUCAACAACAAUAACACUUUCAACAGUAGUAACACAUUUGGUAGUGGUAACAAUAACACAUUUAGUAAUAACAACACAUUCAACAAUAACAACACUUUUAACAGUAGUAACAACACAUUUGGUAGUAGUAACACAUUUAACAGUGGUAGUAAUAGUACAUUUAAUGGGAAUGCGUUUGGUAGUGGUUAUGUGGGAAAUUAUGUGUUUGAUAAGGAGGAGAAUGGUUACAAGUGGAAUAUGCAAAGUAAUGUUUUAUAUGAUUCGCCAUUCACCAAGUCGAGCAAGGACAAUAACAUACUACCCGACGUCACACUCUACGAUAAGAAAAAUUACUACUAAUCUCACCCAGUUCAUUUUACUCCGUUUGUUGGCUCAUUGAUUGAGUAUUUUCAUUCAAUUUUUCAAUUUUCCCAGUGUUUUUCAAUUUUCUAUAGUGUUCAAUAUUGUUAUAGAGUUUCAAUUUUUCUAUAGUGUUAAAUGUUAGUUUGUUGUGAUGAAGUUGGAAGUUGGUUGUAGUUGGAUAGAGUUGGUAGUAGUAUAGUGAGGUUUGAUGGAGUUGGUGAGGUUUGAUGGAGUUGAGUGGAUAUCUUGUCAUUUUGUAAUUUCUAAGUUGGUUUUUUCACAGCCAUGGUAGUUUAUAUAUAAUUAAAACAUUUCAACCACAGGAUGUAAUUUUAUACUAAUCUCAUACAUGUCACU